AUGGAUAUACCGAUAGCCAGCCUAAGUAAACAAUAUUUCGUACUGAAAUGGCGUCUGCUGAAAUGCCAAGGGUGAAGCUAGGGAGCCAAGGACUUGAGGUCUCCAGAUUGGGGUAUGGUUGUAUGGGGCUUACUGGGAUGUACAACAAUCCGGUUCCAGAGGAAGAAGGGAUAGCCAUUCUCAGGGAAGCUUUCAAUAAAGGGGUUACCUUUUUCGACACCGCCGACGUUUACGGCGCAGACCAUUCUAACGAGUACCUGGUCGGGAAGGCGUUGAAGCAUAUGCCCAGAGAAAAAGUGCAACUAUCUACAAAGUUUGGUAUAUGCAAAGUUACUACUGACGUUGAGGUGAAAGGAACCCCUGAAUAUGUGCGAUCCUGUUGUGAGGCCAGCCUGAAACGCCUUCAAGUUGAUUACAUCGAUAUCUACUUUAUACAUCGUAUUGACACUACCGUGCCUAUUGAGGAAACUAUGGGAGAACUGAAGAAAUUAGUUGAAGAAGGUAAAAUAAAGUAUGUCGGACUGUCCGAAGCUCACCCAUAUACAAUAAGGAGGGCCCACGCUAUUCAUCCCAUCACUGCUCUCCAGCAUGAGUACUCCUUAUGGACACGUGACAUUGAGGAUGACAUCGUACCUCUUUGCAGGGAACUGGGAAUUGGGAUUGUUUCAUUUGCUCCUGUUGCUCAUGGACUGUUUGGUGGAAAGGCGGUUGUGGAGAGCUUGCCUGCUAACAGUACCUUGGAGCAACAUCCAAGGUUUACUCCAGAGAAUUUAGAAAAGAACAGAGUUAUAUAUUUUCGGCUACAAGAAUUGGCAAAGAAACAUAAAUGCUCACCUGCUCAACUUGCUCUUGCAUGGAUUCUCCAUAGGGGUGAUGACUUUGUUCCCAUUCCUGGAACAACUAAGAUAAAAAACCUUCAUGAUAACAUUGGUUCAGUGAAGUUGAAGCUCACUAAAGAAGAAGUGAAAGAGAUCACGGAUAUAGUGUCCAUCAAUGAAGUGGCAGGCCAAAGAAUUGGAGAUAUGUUUUAUAAGACAUCAUAUCUUUAUUCUAUUACUCCACCAUUGAAGCACAAGACUCGCAGCUGCCAAAGAAAUGCAUUAUUAUCUAAUUCUCUCUAUGGUGCUGUCGUUAGUGUAAUAUUGGCGAUAUGUAUAUACAAGGUUGUGCAUGUAUGAUCCUUCGUGAGGAAGCGGUCAAACCCAGCUGGUUGCCGACUCACUCUCUGUAAUGGGAGGUCUUGGGUUCAAUUCUCAAUGUGAAAUUGAUCCCAGUUUACCCAGGCCUCCCAACCCCCCGGGGUAAAAACAAGCAUGUAUGAUCCUUCAUUUUAUGUAUAUGAAUAAUCCCAAAUUAAUCUCUCUUUCAUAAUCGUGUGCAUCAUGACUUUCUAACUCCAUCUGGCUUAAUUUUCAUCCUCU